AUGCCAACAGAGCCACUUGAUGAAAAGAAAAUUUUACCAGAAGAAGAGAGCCGUUCUCAAUUCUGGAAAGAUGAUGACAAUGAUCCGUAUGCAGACUCACCGGAUACAGAAAUAGCAUCUCUUUCUGAAACGACUCAGAUGCCUUUUAUGAGUUCAGAAAAACGUAUAGAAUCCCUACAAUCCCGGUUAUUUGUUCCAGCAUCUAGUAGGGUAUCGUUAGCUAAAACAUUGGCCCAUAAGAAAUUGCGUAAGUAUGCAAGUGAAACAUGUUUUGCACCCGAACCCUCCAAUUCAACAGAUUUGUUAUCAAAAAAGAUAUCAGAAAAAGAGGUUCCAGUGACUACAGUUGGUAAAAAUAAAAUUUUUUCAAUACAACCGGUGUCAAGUACCGCUUGUGGUAUGAUACUUCAUGAUGGCUCACCACCAUACUAUCAACCCCACAAACGCGAAGAUUCUGAAGGUGAAACAAGUGGUUCUGGUAGUGAUGCUACUGUUGCUAGCACAACUGUAACACCAAUUUUACGUAAUAAAUCACGCUAUUCCCGUUCAAAUUGGCGAAAGUCUGCCACGCAUGUUUUUGGAACAUCCGUUUCUUCUGAUGCUUACAAUACUCCAACAUCAGCUACAAUACUUUCCAUGGAUUCACUGCAACAACCUGGACUUGGCAUGGUAGCUCGACGUGAAAACAGUCUCUUCAUCAUGGAUGAUGACAGCCUACAUGAAUUCGAUGAUGAAAAAGGUAACUUUAUCAAUGAUUCCGUAAAAAGUAUUAAUUAA